UCAUGGGGCCCCCCUUGCCCAAUAGGGGAUCAUGGGGCCCCUGUGUCCUUGCCCAAACUCAAAAAAGCCUAUGAAAAAGGUACCAGGGGUAUCUCAUGGGGCCCCCUAUUGACCCCGGGCCCUCGGUCAGUGCCCGAGUUUCCAAAUGGUCAGUCCGCCCCUCCUGCAGCAUUUAUUAAAAUAAUACCUGACUUAUUUCAACAGUAUGAAAUAAUAAUGCAAAAGACACAAUUCUUUAGUAACACCUCUCUAUUAGGAUUGUUCAAAAGAGUAGGCCACAGAAUAAAGGUUUAGGAGGUACAUCCCUAGUUGACACAUAUAAGCAAAGCACUGAU